AAGCUAGCUCUGGCCGGCCAGCACCCCCCCAAUGUCGUCGCGCCUACUACUUCUGCCACUGGUGCGGUAGGAAUGGCAGUACGUGCGCGCGGUUGUUGGAGCCGGACCCCCGCCCCCGCGCGCGUUAUAUCUGCUGGAGCACGACCCCGAUCCCCGUCAUCAGUGUCCCGGUGGUGACUACUCAGAGCUCGGCCAGAUCCCACCCACACCCACACCCACGCACCCAAUGCGCCCGCGCCCCUCGUGAGCUACCAGAGCCGACCGACAGACACACUGCGCAGAGCACCACCACCGAACGGACGCCAUGGCGAGGCUCCUCGCCGUCCUCGCCCUCGUCGCCGCCGCCGCGCCGUUCCUCCGGGCCGCCGCCCAGGGUGACGGCGAGCUGCUGCCGUUCGCGGUGGGCGCGGCGCCGGCGGGGUGCGACGUCGGGCAGGGCGAGUGGGUGUACGACGAGGCGGCGCGGCCGGCGUACGAGGAGGCGGCGUGCCCCUACAUCCCGGCCGAGCUGACGUGCCAGGCGCACGGCCGCCCCGACAUGUCGUACCAGCACUGGCGGUGGCAGCCCCGCGGCUGCUCGCUCCCCAGCUUCAACGCGACGGUGAUGCUGGAGAUGCUGCGGGGGAAGCGGAUGCUGUUCGUGGGCGACUCGCUGAACCGGGCGCAGUACGUGUCGCUGCUCUGCCUCCUCCACCGCGCCAUGCCCGAGGGCUCCAGCUCCUUCGAGACCGUCGACGCCCUCAGCAUCUUCCGGGCCAAGGCCUACGACGCCACCAUCGAGUUCUACUGGGCGCCGCUCCUCGCCGAGUCCAACGCCGACGACGGCGUCGAGCACCAGCUCAACGACCGCCUCAUCCGCGGCGCGCCCAUGGACCGCCACUCCCGCUUCUGGAAGGGCGCCGACGUCCUCGUCUUCAACUCCUACCUCUGGUGGAUGACCGGCGACAAGAUCCAGAUCCUGAGGGGCGCCGACAACGACAUGAGCAAGGACAUCGUGGAGAUGGGGGCGGAGGAGGCGUACAGGCUGGUGCUGCACCAGGUGGUGCGGUGGCUGGACGGCAACGUGGACCCGAAGAAAUCCCGGGUCUUCUUCGUCACGGCGUCGCCGACGCACGCCAGCGGCCAGCUCUGGGGCGACGAGGCGGAGGGCAGCAACUGCUACGGCCAGACGGCGCCGAUCGCCGACGCGUCCUACUGGGGGAGCACGAGCAGGGCGAUGCUGCGGGUGACCGGCGAGGUGCUGGGCGCGUCGGCGAGGGUGCCCGUCGGCGUGGUGAACGUCACGCAGAUGUCCGAGUACCGCCGGGACGCGCACACGCAGGUGUAUAGCGAGCAGUGGGCGCCGCCGACCAAGGAGCAGCUCGCCGACCCCAAGAGCUACGCCGACUGCACCCACUGGUGCCUCCCCGGCGUGCCCGACGCAUGGAACGAGCUGCUGUACUGGAAGCUCUUCUUCCCGGCCAGCGACCAGGCGCUCUGACCGUCGAUCGUCGUCGUCGUCGUUCUAACACGCAUCGUACAGUUUCGUUGCAAUCGGUGUGCUGCAUCGUGUGGACGCCAUGGCUAUAAUUCAUUCCCCUUUUUGGCAA